AUGGGGUUCAUGGAGGUGACUUCGGCGUUUGUUCAAUUGUCCAAGCCAUCAGCCAGCGUGCAGCCAAGCGCACGGCGCCUCGUGGGCAUGUGGCUUCAAUCCGCCAUCGUUUUCGGUGUCGUGGCUGGGGUUCCCGUCAUGGAAACUGUCGAGUUUGGCACGAGUGAUGGCGUGGGGGCACUCCUUCCCCAGUAG